AUGGCAGCUCCCCUUGCUGUGCUCUGCUUUCUGCCCGCUGAACCAUCAGAGUGGGGGAAAAAAAAAACCCAACUCACUGAAAACCGUCUUGCAAAGAGGAAAAGGCUGAAUAACACUGUCAAAGGAAACCCCAACCAUCGCUACCAAGAAGACAAACCCAGCCCUCGGCGGUGAGCAGAGGAAGCCGGCAGGUGGACUCCCGAAGCUCUGAUCGCCGGGGAGCCGCUUCCUGCGCGGCCGCACUCGAGCUCACCCGUGCGGGAGCCGCGCCUGCUGCUCUCCGAGGCCUCCGCUCCGCACUCUGUCCGGCCUGGCGGGAUGAAGUGGAGGAGGAUCGCCAUCCUUGCCACCCUGCGGGCACAGCUCCCAGCCGCAGAUGCUGCAUCGGUUCUUGGCCUCACAGAUCCCAGGCUCUGCUACAUCCUGGAUGGGUUCCUCUUCAUUUAUGCAGUGGUCAUGACAGCCCUUUUUGUGAAGGCAAAGCUCAGCCAGGCCUCUGAACCACUGCGACCGGGCCAGGAUGAUGUGUACAAUAAACUCUCCCGUACGCACAGAGACGAUUAUGAUGUUCUGGGAGCAAAGCGAGGAGCAGACCCUGAGCUGGGCGGGAGACACCAGCAGAGAAGAAAGAACCCUCAGGACACUGUCUACACUGCACUGCAGAAGGACAAGAUGGGUGAGGCCUACAGUGAAAUUGGAAUGAAGGGAGAGCAGCAGAGGCGGCGAGGCAAAGGGAAUGAAGGUCUCUACCAGGGACUCAGUGCAGCAACCAAGGACACUUACGAUGCUCUCCAAAUGCAGCCUUUGCCCCCACGCUAAGUGGGAGCCUCAGAGGGGAUGGGCAAGAGUGAGAUGCCCACCUUCCUAGGGGAGGAGAGGGGAGAAAGCCUUUUCAUCCAACACAAGUGCUGUGUGUUUUCUGUGUGCAAUAACCUCCUUGGGUUGGUGCACAGACUCUGGACCUGGCUCCUCCCUGCUCCCUCUCCUCCUGAAUCAUUUAACUGCUUUUGCUGUUAGAAUGUACAUAUCUGUAAAGUUGAUUCCAAUCAUAGUGGUUAUUAGGCUGAUUUUUAACGUAAGGUUUGUGUUGUGGGACCAGACCACAACUUCUAACAAACACAGCUAUUUCCAUAGUUCUUCCCUUUCCAGAGUAACAUAAUCCAAUUAAGACAUGGAUUUAUGGUUUUAUUCCAUUAAAAAAACUUGUAAAGAUAGAGCUGUAGUAAUUUCCUGUAGUAUUUAUCUUAAGACUGUUAGACGCUUUUUACUUUAAAUUUGCCUUUAAAAACUGCUUCAGUGGAAGACAGCUUUUUUUUUAAAGUACAAAGAGUGACGUGAUGCUAUAACAGUGAAGCUGAGAGGCUGAAUGCCAACUUUUCAGCAGGAAGAAAAUGAGCACCAAGAUCCCAGAAAAGAUCAAGCAAUAGCACUGGCACUCAUCCAUAAACAGGAGCCAGGUAACCUGAGUGAGAGGCUUCUGUAAAGGCAGAAGUUUCACUGAAAACAAGGAGAUGGGCUCCCCUUAUCACUUCUGGGCAACAAAAGUCUAGAAUAAAUGCAAUUUCCAAACCAGUCUCUCACGAGGCUACCUCUGAAAGGUGCACGUAUCAUUCCAAAGAGAUGCCAGUUCAAUAAAGUCAUGUGUUUUUGAUGAAUUAAUAAGGACASUGCCAGAAUCCUGUGUGUGUGUAGGGAACAGCAGUGGGAAUGGUGCAGGCUCCUUACCUGAGGCAUUCAGGCCGUCUGAACCAACCUGCACCCAGCAGCACCAUCUCCCAGGGAAGCUGAGGAGAAGGAUUYCAACAGAGGCUUCUAAACACAUCCCAGGAGUGGGAUGGGAUUUGGGAAAAUGCCCUAAACCCAGGUAUAAAAGGGACACUCACCUCCUGCUGUGCAGCCUGAGUUUUCCCCAUGCCUUGCAAGGCUGCACAGUGAAGCCUACAAGAAUGCACAAGGACAGAUCCAGCCCAGCCAAAUAAAGGGUGGCCAGGCCAUCUCACCAGUCCUCACAGAAGCAGCAGAGCUAAAGCAAGGCUGUGGGAACAAGAGCUGCUGCUGUGKGCACAGCCCAGAUAAGGUUAUGUCUUCUUUCCAGGGACUGGGUGGGUUAGCAGCAGAAAAACUUGUYGAAAUGGGUGCUAUGCAAGUUCCAAGGCAGUUUUACUUCUUAAGCAGUGAAACUGUACCUGCAGUAAGCAAUUGUAGCUUUUAAAGAAUAUUUGC